AUGUACCAAAAAGAAACAUAUCAUUCCAUGAGGCACUAUGCACAAUACCAGAAAGGAUGCCUCAAAAGAAUAGCCAAGGACUUUCAGUUUUCCAAAGAGGUGAUAAAGCACAGAGGGCCAGCAACUCUAUCUUACAAAGAAUGUGAUCAGAAGCACAUAUAUGAUUAUUCUGACAUAAUUCACAAAGAAAUCACUACUAAGAAGCCAAGACAGACAAGUAAGCUCAAACCUUUGAAGGAACUGCCUCCCUUGGUUCAAACAGACAUUAUGACUCCCAAGCAUACUACUGACAACAUUCCUUUCUGCUUGGAAGACUAUAUCUGGAAGGCCAAGGAGGAAAGCACCCUUGCAGCGCCAUCUCUGCUGGUACCCAUCCCUCCUGUUUCUCUUCCUCCUUGUGAUUCUCCUUCACAGACGUUCCUGACGGAACCUUAUGACAUGUUGGGAGCGCAAAGGAUGGCUAAAGGAGGGUCAAAAAGAGCACCCCAGGGCGUCACGCUCCAAAAGCCAGAGGAUGAGGACUUGGGAUGGGAAAAAAGUCUACUGAGAAAGCUGAACAAGGCUACAGCUCAAUGGAUUGUGAACAGUCAGUCUGGCUGGGGAGGAUGGGUUCAGGGUGAGCCAAAAGGUUUCAAAAAACAAAAAUAUGACUGGGACAGAAUAAGAUAUGUGCUUCCUUCUGAAAAUGAUGUGAAGUUAUUGGAUGAAAUCAAGAAAGAUGAAGAUGGAGUGGUUGUUCAAAGGUCUGAAGAAAUGAUACCAGAGACACCUCUCCCUGUCUACUAUAGGAUAACAUCUUCCCACUCAAGUGUGGAAGAUGACCCAAUUGGGGACAACCGUACGAGUGAAAUACCACCGCUCAGUUCCAAACUGCUGACUCCUAUUAAGCAUAGGAAGAGGCUGAAUUCCCGAGUUGGAAAAUACGCCUAUGCCACCCAGAAUGUUUUUGAACAAGAGCUUUAUUUUGGGAUGGCUAAUAUUGUCCAUCAAGAGAUGAAAAAGGGUCACAUUGUUAUGGAUAAUCGUGAUGAAUUCUGUAAACACCUCCAACCACAGUACCCAAGACCACCAGAGCUUUGGAGUUUCAGGCCACCCAAAAAGUCAACUUAUAGGGUGCAGAAGGGAGCCAAUCACUGGACUGCAUUACCCACAAUCAUUGAAAACUUUUCCCAGCUAGGCCAAGAAGAAUCCCUUGUAGUGCUUGCAAGAAAAAAAACAUCGCUUAAAAAGUAUGAAAGAAAUUUGUCUCAAGAUUUAUGUAUCUGUAGAACUAUGUUGGAACAGUGGAAGGCUGAUUGGAAGUUGGAUCCUCAGUGGCUGUCAGCAACUGUAGAAGGAUUAAUGAGAGACCUCCUAGAUGUGCACGUUCAGAAUCGGAUCAAUGCCAUAAUUACCUGUGCAUCUGCUGUGAUUGAGCGGCCCCAGAAAACCAAACGAAGAAGUUCAGAGCCAGUUAUAGGAAUAGAAGCAAAGACAUCAGAAAUCCCAGAUAUCCCAGUGGAAAUACAGCCUUUGCUUAAAAAUACUCUGUUUGAUGAGGAUGCUCACGUGAGAAUGGCUGCUGCAGUAUGCCACUAUAUCAUAGGGGAGAGGACUCAGCAAGCACGGAUCAUUAUGAAGAAUGCUUUGAUACAUGGAAAUUCUGCAGACAGUUGGGCAGCAGCCCAGUGCCUGGCACUGGAGGGCAUUGCCACUUUCUCAGUUGUGAAAAGGAUCCUGUCUCAAAUUUUUGAUAAAAAGGAUGAUGCCACAGAAGACCAGGCUUGUCUUCUGUUAGCUCAGCUCAGCAGACAAACAGCUGUGGAAUGUUCACGUUCAAAGAGACGAGAAAAAACCGAUAGCCUUUGGGAUGAACACCUGAAGUUGUCCAUGAGCCCCCAUCCCUUCACUCCCACGUUUGUCACCGAUGUCUCGGAACCCCUGAAGGAUCCGUAUUAUAUCCCUGACAUAUUUUUUAAACACCUUCAUGAGCCUGAUGGUGAACACGAAGACAGAGUGGAGAAAGAUGUUGGCUUGUGGGGAGUUGGGGUCUAUGUGUGUAGUGCUCACAAUGCGCAGGGUGCAACGCGGAAUACAGGACGACCAGUCUUUGUUUCCAGGAGCUAG